GUGCCAGAGGUAUUGUGUUACAAGCUUCACAGCUGCGCUGUCGACAUGUCUGGUCGCGGCAAGGGUGGGAAGGGCCUAGGUAAGGGUGGCGCCAAGCGUCACCGCAAGGUGUUGCGCGACAAUAUCCAAGGAAUCACCAAGCCAGCCAUCCGGCGCCUGGCUCGCCGCGGCGGCGUCAAGCGUAUUUCUGGCCUCAUCUAUGAGGAGACUCGCGGAGUGCUGAAGGUUUUUCUGGAAAAUGUAAUCCGCGAUGCUGUCACCUACACGGAGCACGCCAAACGCAAGACGGUCACAGCCAUGGACGUGGUGUACGCGCUCAAGCGCCAGGGACGCACUCUGUAUGGCUUCGGCGGCUGAGCUUAGCUCCACAGUUCGCUAUUGCAAAACCAACGGCCCUUUUCAGGGCCACCUAUCCACUCAGAAGAAAGAGUAGUAGUCACUGCUUAAAAUUAAUGUAGUUUCACGUGUUUAGUAGCUUCGGUUGUCAAGUUCAAUUGUUUUAUUACGUCUUGGCUUCAUAUCUUACUGGCUAGUGAGGAUAGUGUAUCUUUUAUUUUUUGAUUUAUUUU